UCGAUAUCGUCUCAUGAUUCAUGUGGCUCUUUCAAAGAGCCUCUUUGCACAUUCGGAUACUUUAAACAGUGCAAUACUGCAUGUGCUUCUGUUGUUAUUUUUGAUUUUUAUUUUGUGAUUUAAUUUUAUUUAUCAAGUUUUAAACAUGACGAAUACUGAAUUAAAUGAGAAGAUCGCUUCUCAAAUGAAAUAUUAUUUUAGUGAUUACAAUUUAGCUAGGGAUAAAUUCAUGAAGGAAAAGAUGGCCGAGGACGAUGGCUGGAUUCCAUUGCACGUUUUUCUUACCUUCAAGAAACUUGCUGCGAUGACCAGUGAUCCACAAGUGCUUGUGGAAUCAAUUAAAGCUUCUGCCACUGACCUGAUUGAAAUUGACGAAUCUGGAAGCAAAAUUAGACGAUCUCCUAGCAAACCUUUACCAGAUCAAAGUGUCUACCAGGAGGAAGCCAUCCAAAAGACUGUUCACAUUAAAGGAUUUCCACUAGAUUCUACGUUUGACCAGCUUUGGUCAUUCUGUAGUGGUUUUGGUGAUCUUGAGUCAUUACAAAUGAGGAAAACACGUAAAGGCGGUUUCAAGGGUUGUGUACUCGCUGUAUUUAAAGACAAAGCGGAUGCUGCAAAAAUUCUUGAAGUUUCAUUAAAGUACAACGACAAGGAACUUUUAAAAGAAGCUGAAAAAGCACAUGUAGAACGACGACAAGCAUUUUUCAACAAGAAAAGGAAUGGGAAAAAGAAUGCAAGAAAGAACGAGGAAUCAGAAGAGUCAAAAGGAGUUAAAAAGUUGAAGGUUGAUAAAGCAGAAGAAUCAGAGGAAUCCGAGGAACCAGAGGAAUCAGAAGGUGUUGAAAAGUUGAAAGUCGAGGAACCAGAGGAACCAGAAGGAGUUAAAAAAUUGAAAGUUGAAAAUAUUGUUUCUUCAACAGCUUGAUUAAACAUCAAUUAUGCUUAACUCCUAUUUUUCCUUUCUCACUCAUCAAAUUUCAUAUAUCUCUAUUUAUCAUUGUAUAUCAUCUUUUUUUUCUUCCCCUUUCUCCCUUCGCUUGAACACUUUUAGAGUAACACCAAUCCUUGUAAACAGAAUCAAUCUAAUCUGUCUUUCCUUUCUAAAUAAUGUUUUUGAGUCUUUGAGUCUUUCAUUUCCAUCAUACAUCACUAUACAUAGAGGAGGAGGUGGAGCGAUCAUUUAACAAUCUCAAAGACGUUGAUACGAUCUGUGAGUUACUAUGGAUUUAGAUUUUGAAAGUCUUUUUCCGAUUAAUAAAUAUCUAAUAAAAUAAAUGGAAGAUUUAAGAUGACCAUAAA